AUGUAUGUACUAAAUUUACGAGAUAAAGAUGAAAUAAAAAGAGAAAAAAAAAUUUGUAGAAUAUUAUAUGGAGAACUAGCUAAGAAAAAUACAAUACCAGUAGCUAGCCAUUUGGAUAAAAAUAGUCAUAAUUAUAAUGACCCUCAAAGAUAUAAAAAUAGACGAAUCAAAGGAGUUGGUACAUUUAUUAAUAAUUAUUUAUAUGAUAUAAAUGUAAAGAAUAAGUUAAAAUUAAAAUCAAAAAAUAAAAAUCAUAUUAAUUUAUUUGAAAAUGGAUUUAUCCAAAAUAAUAAGUUAUGUAAUAGAAGUGAUAAAAGUAUGGUUCGAAGGAAUGUGUUAUAUUAUUUUGUGCAGAAUAAAGAGAUACAAGAAAGUGAUUCACCAACAGAAUCAAUGAAAAUAAAAAGAAGGAAUGAAAAUGAUUUUAAAUUAUUUGCAAAGAUGCCUGUAGUUACAGUAAAUAGAAAAUUAUAUCCAAAAGAAUUCAGUACAGACUAUGAAAAUGUUUUACGAAAAUUUAAUGUGACAUAUAUUAAUUAUAAAACUAGAUUGAGAAGUAAACCUGAAAUAGAUAUAAAAAGUAUAGAUGAUUUAUAUGGAAGAAUUUAUGAUAGAGAUGUUUUGAAAAAACAAUUUUAUUUUUUUUUAUAUCAUGAUGAUAUAAAUACUUGUUAUAAAAUUUUAACAGAAAAUCCAAAUGUAUUAACAAGAGAAGAAUCCUUUAAAAUUUUAAACUCAUUACCAUAUGUUUUUGUAAAUAAAUUAAAAUAUAUUUAUCCUAAUGAGAAAAAUGUUGAUGAAGUUUUGAAGAAACUUAUAAAGACAUACAUUUUUCAACAUGGCAAUGAUAAAGAUAUAGAUUAUUUAAAUUUUAAAUAUCGAUAUAAUGAGUUAGAUGAAUAUUGUGCCAAAAUGGCGUCAGAAAUAGAUGCAGAAAAAGAAUCGCUAGCUGAACCCAAAAAAGAUUCUACAGACAUUUAUGAUGACAUGAACGAUUGUGAUUAUGAAAAGAAAUAUGCAAACAUGUCCUAUGAUUAUGAAAUAAUAGAAAGAACAAAAAAAUAUAAAGAUUUGAUUGAUCGAUUUAAAAAAUAUCCAAUUCAUAUUAAACUUGAAAAAGUGCAAUUGUUAUAUAACAAAAUAUUAAGUAUGAAAGGAACUAAAUUAGCUGAAGCAUUUAGAAAACAUGAAAGUACAAAAAAAAAUAAAGAAAGAAAAAUAUAUAGAAAUAGUAGACUUAGAAUAGAUCCUAAUAAGCUUACUCCAUAUUUGAAUGAGCCAAUUAAAUAUGAUCCAAAAGAAAAAGAAGAAAUAAAUAAACUUUUUGAAGAAUAUGUAAAUAAUAAAGAUUUAAUAAAAGCAUCACUAAUAUUAAGAAAAUAUACAAAUUUAAUUGAUACAAAAGAAAAAAAAAGUCAGGAUAUUAUGAAAAAAUAUUUAAAAUUACAUGAGUAUAUAUAUAAAGCUAAUAAAUAUACAGAAGAAGAAUUAAAACAUUUAAGAAUGGUAUAUUAUUCGACUGUACAAAAGCCACGAGUCUUUAGAAAAAUAGCUGAAAUUGGGUUAAGGAAGCAAGGUGAAAAUGUUACACAUAAAGAAAUUUAUGAGGAAGAAUUAAAUAGAUAUUUAAAACAAAGAGAUGAAUUAAGAGAUCAAAGAAUGAAAGCAAAAGGUUUUGAUAUGGAAAAAAUCAGAGAUUUUUCAUCUGCAUAUUCUAUGGAAUGGUUACCUGUUAUAUAUAAAGAUGCAUUUGAUAAAAUUGAAAAAGAAAAAAAUUCAAAAAUCUCAGAAAAUUCUAAAUAUACAAUGAAUAAGAAAAAAGAAACAAUUAAAAAGUUGUUUACACCCGAGACUGAUAAAAAUAUGACUGACUCCAAAACAGAUGGAGGGGACAAACAGAAAGGUCAACGAGGAAGUACAAAUUAUGAUUUUCUAAAUGGUAGGGAUGAAAUGAAAAUCGGAAGAAAUAUAUUAAAUUAUAAAAAAAAAACACGAGGAAAAAUUAGGCAAAAUAAAGAUAAGUCGAGUAAGGAAGUAGUAGAACAAAAAGAUGAUACCCCAACGGAGUAA